AUUGCGUAUUAUUGUUGCUGUAUAAUAAGACAACCAUUAAACUUGGCACGAACGGAAUUACUUGGCGCCAAAGUUUUGCACCGCAUUAGUACCGUUUGGUAUAACACAGGAGCCGAGCUAGCUUACGAGGUUUUCAUCGUCUAGUGACACUAGGAUGGCGCCCGGAUCAAAUGGACUUUUAUCGCAAGGAGCGGAGUUAGCACUUGGGCCCGCCAGUCCCACUGCUGCGGCGCAGGUCAUCACCGCCACCCCCACUGCCUCCCCCAGCGGCCCGGAUGCCACCACCCCCACCCCCACCGCCGGCAAGCCGCUGUCCGCAGCAGCCAGCCGGGCUGCCAGCAUAGAGGGCAUCCAGGCGCGACUGGCCCGCAGCCACCUGCACCAGGCUGAGGUGGAUCGGCAGUACAAGGACGAGCUGCGCUGGCUGCAAAAGGAGGUGGAGCACCUGAAGGCCGAGUUGGAGGUCAGUCGCCGCCGCCGUACGGAGGCGGAUGAGGACAUUGCCUCGCUGAGGCGGCGGCUGGAGGAAGCUCGGGGGGAGGCGGCGGCGGCGCGGGCGGAGGCGGCGGAAGCGAGGGCGCGAGCGGAGGCGGCGCGCAGGGACGGCAGCCGAGCGGAGGUCGAGAGGCUGAGGGGUGAGCUGGAGGCCGCGAGGAGGGCGGCGGCGGAGGCGGUGGAGGUGAGCCGUACGGCAGCGGCGGCGGCGGCGAAGGAGCUGCGGGAGGUGCAGGCGGAGUGUGAGGCGCGAGGGACGCGGGCGGUGGCGGCGGAGGCGGCGGCGCGGGUGGCGGAGGCGGAGUCGGAGGCGCUCGGGGAGCGGUUGAGGGAGGCGGCGGCAGUGCGGGAGGAACUGGAGCGGGGCUUGGAGCAGAUGCGGGGGCAGGCGGCGGAGGUGCGGGGGAGGCUGGAGGCGUCGGAGAGGGAGGUGGCCGAGGCGCGGAGUGACGCGGCGGCGCGGGCGGCGGAGCUGGCGGCUGCGUCACAGCAGCUGGCGGCGGCGGCGGAAAUGCGCACGGCGGCAGCUGCUGCGGUGGAGGCAGCGGAGGCGCGGGCGGCGGCGUUGCGAGGGGAGCUGGAGGCGGUGAGGGCGGCUACGGGGGCGUCUGCUGCGGCUGUGGAGGCGCUGCGAGUGAAGCUGGGUCGGACGGAGGAGGAGCUGGGGGAGCUGCAGGGGCAGUACAGCCGCGUGGUGUACGAGCAUGCCAAGGCGCGAGCCGAGCACACCGAGAUGAGCGGCAAGCUGGCGCGGGCCCAGGAGGAGCUCUCCCGCUUCCUGGCCUACCACGAGGAGGUCAGCUCCGCCCUGCGCCGGCAGCUGGCGGCGCUGGGGGCGGAGCCGCCCGCACUGCCGGAGCCGCCGCAGCUGCCCACCCCCACCCGGGGC